UUUUGGAGGGGCGGAAGCAGAGUGAAGCCAAAGGAAGCCAUCCUGGCUUGCCUCCCCUGCUAAACAGAGUGGAAUAUCCCUCUCCGUCUCUCCUUGGCUAAUUUUGUGUGCAUAGUAUUUGCAGACGUCCUGGACCUGUUUUCUAUUGUACAGGAAUGAUUAACAGCGGAUGAGGAUCCCAAACGGUUGUUAAUACAUCUCCACAAAACUUUUAUCAUGGAUAACGAAGCCUGGUGCAAGUCUGCAGACGCAAACAUUGAUCAAGAUGAAAUGGCUUUUACAGCACAAAGGAUGAAACAGGUGGCUGGAUUAAAUUCACGAAGUGUCUGAUUGCCCCAGGAUUAGAAUCCCCAAAAGGAAUCUCUAAUUUACUGAAAGUUAGUUUGUUGUCUAUUCCUGCAUGAUGAGCCGCCGUGGCAACAACUGGGCCUACACGGAGGUCAUCGACCUCUUGGAUAUAUGGGGAGAGCAGAAGAUCCAGAAGCUGCUCCAGAGCAGCUAUAGGAAUAUGGACACCUUUCAGGUGAUCGCAAGCGAAAUGGCAAAGCGGGGGCAUGAACGUACCGCUCAGGAGUGCCGAACCAAGACCAAAACGAUGCGAAGGGAUUACAAAAAGGCCAAGGACAACUUGUCUCCCGGGGGCGGACGUAUGGCGUGCCCUUUUUACGAGCAGCUGGAUCGAAUAUUGGCUGGUGAUUCUAGCUUCCAUCUGCCUAGGAGGCUACAGAAUGUGCCGGUGCCAGAGGAAUCAUCAGGGGAUACCAAUUCCCCCUGCCCCACAGCAGAGGGAACCGCGCCAGUGGUGGGUGAGGACUACAGUGAGAGCCAGGAUCGGUUUUCCCCGUGCCCACAGAUCUCAGUAGAAAUCUCUGAUUCCGCCACUGCCAGUCCGAUGUUCUAUGUGUCGAGGGCAGCCUCCGUGAAGCCUGCAAGCAUGUCUUGGCCAGCAGCAAAAGUGGAUCAUCCAGCUUCCUCCCUGCCUUCUCUAUUCCCCAGUAACCCAGGAAGCUCAUCAACCAAAGGCUCAAGAAUUGAUGCAAUUCUAUCACCCACACCAGCUCUACUGCACAACUGCGGCACUCUUCCUUCCGAGGGGCGCCUGACUCGAGUCCGAAAACGGCAAAGGAAAACCAGGAACGACUUGGUCAUGGAGUUGUCACGAAUAGCCGACAGGAGGGUUCAGACAGCAACCGACAGAAUCCUGUCCUCUUUGAACAGGUACGCCACGGCAGACCUGCAAGACCGGGAAAGGGACCGAGCAGACACGGCACAAAUUAUCGCCAUCAUGCAUCGCCAGACGGAACUGCUGGAGUCGCUGGUGCAGAUGCAGUCUGUUGAGCAGACUCUGGUCUCCCCUGCUCCUUCUUGGCAUGCCCGGCCACGUUCUGCUAUCUCUCCUCCCUCCCGUUCAGGUGUCCCACGGCGGACGCUGAUGCCCAGGGUGAACCACAGGAGGAGGCCGCAGAAGUACAGCCCGUAAGGGUGCCCUUGCACUUUUGGCUUCCGAUAGUCUGGUUUUGAUGGCUCAACCUUUUGCUUUCUGUUUCUUAAAAUGUUAUAUAAUGUUUAAAUUCUCCCCCUGCCACCCACCCCACCCCGCUUUAAUUAAAAGCAUUCCAUUAAGAUCUGGGAAGAAUUUCUCUCUCUCUCUCUCUCUCGCACACACACACACUAAUUGGGACAAGCUGGAGAUCCACAGUCUGCUUCUUCUACAUGGCCCUUUGUCCACUUUUGAUUGUUGGGUCCACCUUUCCUCUUCUGUGCAAAUGGGAUGAAGAUGCUGUUAUGGACGUAUACGUGAAUCUAUAUAUCUCAUAGGGAAUGACUGUAACACAAUAUCAGCUAAUAUCAAACCUGAAUUUUGUGCGAACAGUAAGCUAGUUGCUUACAGAGCAGUGACGUAGACCUGUUCCAGAGGGUUUUGGGCACCUCCGCAUAUUUGCUUGCUGCAAUUUGGUACUUUUGGACUGAAUAGAAAGGAGGAAAGGAUACCUGUUUCAUUUCCCUCCUCCCAAUUUUGUUCCUUUUGUGAGGCAUAGGAAUAGGUUCCCAUUUUCCUUCCCAGCGGAAAGCAUGGUUCCUGCAAUGCAGGUUGGCCUGGUUCAGUGGUACUUUGUCUCCCAUCUAUGCUGUGGACAGGUGAGGGAUUUGUGUGUGCUGUAGUCACUGGUGCACACAGGCUUUUAAAACCAUGGUGCAGACGUUUGGCUGUAGAAAGAAAUGUUUCAGAUGGAUAAAGGGGUGAUGAAAAGUUUGAAGGAGGAAGGAGAAGUGUGACUCCAUCAAUGAAAGGUAGGCUAUUCCAGGCCAAGGGAGAGGUGUAUAUUAGACUCAAAGACAGCCGUGUGCGAAGGAGGCAGUGCAGGCUGAUUGCAAUUGUGUUUUCAUUGGAGAGUGAGGAUGAAAAGAUAACAUACAGUCAGUGUAGAGAUGGAAAAGCAUUAAGUGUAAUGACUAAAAACGUAAUGUUAGCAUGGAGAUCAACAGGAGAAGGACCAAUGAGUGUUGGGCACUGCUUCUGUUUUUGUACUUUGAACAACUUUUGCUGUGUGACGUGCUA